AUGCGCUCGCAACUCGUCCUGUUGGCGGCAUUUCCGGCCCUCCAGGCUUCACAUCCAAAGGUUGAUGAUGCGCCAGGUGAGGUCCAGAGGGUCACCCUGCAGGACAUGCGCAAAGCCGUGCACCAGAUUGAGAAGGUGUUUGAAGGCAUCGCUCAUACAGCUUGCGGCGUCGUGUCGCAGUUGGACGAGCUCAGAUGGAAACCUUUCACUGGUGGACCGCUUCCCUGCAACAAGCUAAUGGCAACAGACUGCGACAUCAGCUACCAUCAGAUGGAGUGUCCUGAGGAGUGUCCUUUCAUGGCGCCGGACAGGCACUUCCCCUGCCAGUUCAGCUGCCGAGAGGCCGCAAACUGCUCGUCAAGCAAUGUGGAUGCCCCUUUUCCAGAUCCCACUUACAAUCUUUGCACCUCGUGCUCAGUGUCAGCAUGCGCCUGGUGCGACACACAGAAGAGCUGCAAGCAGUGCCAUGACGGCUUCACCUUGAGCGAGGACGGCAAGUGCGCAUUCGGUCGCACGGAGGGCGUAGACAGCAUGGGAGACCUUGUCUUUAACAUCUUGCUGAAGGUCGUCGCAGUAGUGGUCGUCUUCAUCUUGAUUUCCGCCGGUAUCUACCAGUGCUUUCGAUCAAAGAACGAGUUUGCGGAGCACAACGCGGCCUCGCUGACGUUGGGCCUCCGGAACCGUCAUCUGACGAAGGUUCACGAGUGGGACAUUAUGAGCGAGAAGCGUACCAGAAGGCGGUACCCGCUUUUUGUGGAACUCUCCAAGUACAACAUACUGGGCGUAGGCUUCGGCCUUUUCUACAACAGCAUUGUUUUCGUCCUGGUGGUCGCGCUUUUAACCUGUGCGGCCACGUGGUACGUGGCAAACCGGAUGCAUUUGCAGUUCUUCUUCAGCGGGGAGAGCACGGCGCGCGCCACGCUUAUCAAGGUCCUGCAGCAAACAGAGAUGCCCAAGAGCACCAUCCCGGCGGUGAUCGUUUCGCCGAUGAUGAGCUGCAGGGAGAACCGCCCUGAGGAUCUGGCACAGCACCUGAAAGACUUCGCAUUUACCCGCUCAUGCACCUUCGGCAUUCUGUAUUUGCUGCUGCUUGCUGUGUCGAUUGUUUACCUCAAGAUGCAGAAGGUCUGGGCCAGGAAGUUUGAUGAGCACAGCAACAGCAUGUGCGACUUCGUGGUCCUGCUGACAGGUUUUCCGCCAGACGCUACCAACGAGGUGGAGCUGAAGCAAUGGGCCCAGGACGCACUGACGAAGUGUGGCCUCGGGCAUUGCGAGGUGGAGGGCGCGAGUAUCGGCUAUGACUACAGCGAACAAGUCGAGCAGGUAAACGACAUGGUACAGAGGUUCUGCAAAUCCCUGGAGAUCCAGAGAAGGCGAGACGCUGGUACUGCUGUGUUCCUCCAAGAGGACCUGGAGCUCGUCGGCCUGGAAGCGAAGAGGCUGGAAGACCGCAAGCAGGUUAGUCAGUGGUUCAGCAGCGGCACGGCGAUGAAAUCCACAGGACAGGUGUUCCUGGUUUUCAAGUUCAACACCUUCAAGGACAGCGUCAUGUCAAAGUACAAGACCAACAAAAAGAUCUUCGAGUACCGAGGAAAAGUCAUAGAGGCGUCGGUGGUGAAGUCUGAGCCGCCGGACGUGUUCUGGCAGAAUCUCCAGGUUCCGGACGAUACCAUUGUGAAGAACGAAAGGAGGGCGCUCCUCCAGGUGGUGAUCUUCCUGUGCCUUUUGAAUGUCCUGCUCUACCUCUGGAGUAGGGAGGUGACACUUCCCUAUCUUGCAGCUGGCAGCAAGGCAAGUAUGAUGAUCACGAUGUUGCAGGGAAGCAUCGUGGGCAUCAUGAACGGCGUGAUGAAUAGCAGGGCAAAAGCUGCUGCCUACAGUGUGGGCUUCCAUCGGAAGGACCAAGCGGAUGUGUCGCUUUUCCUGACCAACUUUGUGAUCACCUUUUGCAACACCCUCUUCAAUCUUGGUCUGAUGUGCUACUCCGUGAUGAUCGCUGACAAGGAGAAGUUUUUGAAGGGGCCCAACUACCUGGACGAGCUGUCCAGUGCCAGCCCCGUGGGCGAGGAGAGCGAUCUCGCAUACAACGUGCCGCGCGGCGAAAUCUGA